AGGAAAAAUUCAUGGUUUGAUUGUCAUCGUUGUUUCCUGCCACCUGAGCAUGAAUUUAGGAGAAUCAAGAAUGCAUUCAGGAGGAAUAGAAGGGAAUAUGAUGGUCCACCUCCUACGUUGUCUGGUCAUGACAUCUAGGAAAUAGUUCAGGAUUUGCCCAAAGCCAGCGAGGAACGAUUGUACAGGCUUAAUGGAUAUGGCGUUUCGCAUAACUGGACUAAGCAAAGUAUAUUUUGGGAGUUAGAAUAUUGGCCAGAUAAUUUACUUAGAUAUAAUAUUGAUGCCAUGCAUACUGAGAAGAACUACUUUGACAACUUGUUCAACACAGUUAUGGAUGUCACCGGUAAAAUAAAGGAUAAUCCUAAGGCCAGACUUGACUUACCAGAGUAUUGCAACCGCAGAGAAUUACACUUAUAGCAGGGGCCCAACGGCAAUGUUCUAAAGUCCAAGGCUUUUUUUACAUUCAAGUUGGACCAAAAGCGACAAAUAUGUAAGUGGGUUCAAAGUUUGAGGAUGUCCGAUGGAUAUGCCUCAAAUUUGGGAAAGAGGAUUGAUAUGACACAAGGAAUCUUGGAUGGAAUGAAAAUCCAUGAUUGUCAUAUUUUCAUAGAACAAUUACUUCCAAUUGUUUUUAUUGGUUUACCUGAAAACAUAUGGAAACCAAUAGCAUAGAUCAGUUUUGUUCUUCAAAGACUUAUGUGCCAGCACAUUAAAAGAAGAAAAUCUCGUGCGAUUGGAAAGUAAUAUUGUCGUUAUCACCAACAAGAUAGAGAAGAUUUUCCCGCCAGCGUUCUUCGAUGUGAUGGAACAUCUUCCCAUUUACCUUGUGCACGAAGCUCGGCUAGGCAGUCCAGUUUAAACUAGGUGGAUGUAUCCAUUCAAACGGUAAGCAGUUGCAACAUAUUUAAAUUCAUAGAAAUCUUUUUUAUAUAUAGUAAACGUCUAACCUUACGAUUGUACAUGGCAAUUGAAAAAUUGAAAAGGGGCCCCAAAAACAAACAUAGGAUGGAAGGAUCUAUAGUUGAGGCAUAUCUUGCAAGAGAAACUUCUCAAUUUUGUUCAUGCUACUUUCGUGAUGAAGUUGCUUGUUCAAGAAACCGUCCGAAUCGUCACCAGGAUGAUGUGAAUGAGCUUCAUUUGCAAUCGAUAUCAAUUUUCAAUCAAUCUAGUUGUAAGGAUAAAAAGACCAUACCUCGUCGGCUCACUCCCACGGAGCGCAAAGCAGCAACUUUGUAUGUCUUGCUUAAUUGCCCGAAAAUUGAGCCAUUUCUGAAGUAAGGAGAUUAAAAUUUUAACAUACCUUAUUUGUUUACUCAUUCCAUUAAAGAAACUAAUUGUGUUUCCCUUGUUUGAUGUUCAGUUCAUUUAGGACUCAAUUCCACGAAAAUCAAGUGUAUGCAUCCUUUGCAACAUGGUUUAAAAAUAAGAUGUCAGGCAAAGAUGACAGAGGUAAGGGAAAAGUUGAUACGACGAAACCAAAAAAGAAAAGACAACUUCUGUCUUAUAUCUGAUCGACCGGUAUUCAUAUAUCUGAGGGUCGGUUAGCUGACACGCCAGCACGACCCUCAUAUUGUAGGUUGUCCAAGGCUUCCAUACUGACUCCUAUACAUGUGAGGCCACUACCUGGGUCUUCGCUGACUUAUUCGGCUCCUAUAACCAUGCCAUCACCAGUAGAAUACUUUCGGACUGCCGCUGGCCCCUCCAGGCAUCGACAAUCAUCGAUACCUUCCUACAGCAGUCACGCAGCUACGCACUGUGAUUCUGCUGGACCUAUUGGGUUUUCAAAUCUUCAGUUGGGAGGCACUCCAUCUGGUUCUUCAGAUCCGUCCACACCAGUGCAUCCACCAUCAGCAAGGAGACUUAGAUGAUUCUAGGAGGAUUUAUCUUGUUACAGUUGCAAAAGGGUUUAACCCGGAUGCUGGACUUGGACAUAGGGCGCGAAUAUACAUUGGCCGGCACUUCAACGACUUCUGGACCAGCUGGCAAAAGGUACCAGAACUUGACAGAGAUAGAAUGUUUGAUGAAUUUAAGAAAUUUUACUGGUGGGAUGAAGAAAAUACAUUUCUUAUAAAGAAGAACUUUAUGCAAAGAUGUAGAGGCAGAUUUAAAGAUCUCUUGGAUUAUGCCCGACAAAACAUGGUUAAACCUACGUGCAUGCCUGAACCCGCAUGGAAUCGGUAUCUUAUAUAUUGGAAUAGCGACGAAUUCAAAUUGUUGAGUGAAAAGGGAAAGAAAGCCCGGGCAUCAUUCAAGGGUGGCUCCCUACAUACUGUGGGUGCCAGAAGUACUCUUACUGUGAUUCAAAAAAUGGAAAAAGAACAGGGUAAGAAAAUACCACAUGAUGUGAUAUACGUUGAGACUCAUGUGAAGAGAAAAAAGAACUCGACUGAUGAAGCUGUCUGGGUUGAAGCUCGUGCAAAAGCUGAACAUGACGAAUAUAUGCGCCUUGUUGGUGCGUAUCGUAGUAGUCAGCCAGUUGAAAGUCAGGGUGACCCAAUUCCCAAACAUGUCGAGGUAGAGUUAUGGACAAAAGUUGUGGGUCCUACAAAUAGAGGUCAUUUGGUCGGAUACCACAACGACUAUUUUAGCAAUAAUGUUAGUUGUUCGUCCAGUCCUGCAUACCCGAGCUCUUCAGUUGAUAGUGAGACAAUUGAACUUGCUGCACAGAAUGAAAGGGAGAAGAAGAGGGCGAAGGCAACAACAUCUCGAUUCAAGAAGUUGCAGCAGCAGUUGAGCACUUUCAUUCAGAUUGUGGGGGUUAUUCCUCCAUGUCCUGGUGAUGCAGCUCGGGCUACAAAGGGUCUAAGCCCCCUGGAUGAUUUCUUCACGGAUGAGGAUAUGGACGACGAAGACGUAUCAGAUGAUAAGGUUUAGUUUUUUUUGUGUGUGUUGUACUUUGAAUUUAGACAUUUUGAUAAUUGAAACUGUUGUUGUAUUUUGAUACUCAGUUUUCUUGGACACUUUGUAUGUAUUGUGCUCUUUUCAAAGUCUUUAUAUUUGAUUUUUUUUGUUA